GGACGUGGAAAUGCUGGAUGCGACCGAACAAGCCCCCAGUUCCUCGAAAGCGAAGAAGGCGCCGACACCCAUCGUCCCUGUCGAUGAGAACCAUCCGUUUGACCUCGAAACCUAUAUUGCCAGUUACGAAGGCCGUGUAGUGGUAGACCGGCUGGUCCAUAUCAUUACCCUUGCACCAUCGAUAGCGCCCCAGGCUUUGCAGCUUGCUGUGCGCCACAUACAGACCCUACGAGACCCAACGUUGUAUCCAGUUGCAGUGGCUGCAUAUGAUCAAGCAGCAUCCCUCUCCCCUGGCCAGCUGCCCAGCGCGAGCGAGGUUGCUACUAUCAACCAGAAAUGGGUCGACGAGACAAGCGCGAAGAACCAGAGCGAACGAAUGAAGCUGGAGGUGGAGCUGAAGACGUACACGAACAACAUGAUCAAGGAGAGCAUCCGAAUGGCCCACCGUGACUUGGGCGAGUUCUACAGGAGUGUAGGCGAGUAUGGUACUGCCCUUCGGCAUUUCACCAAAUCGCGCGAGUUCUGCACGACAAACCAGCACAUCUUAGAGAUGUGUUUGUCUGUUCUGGAGCUCCUUAUCGAACAACGCAACUACUCUCAUGUUCCUACAUACAUCUUCAAAGCAGAGGCAGCCUUAGAUCAAGCUGCGGCCGGCGGGGAGAAUCCCAAAGGAGCAGUCGGUACGAAGUCAAAAGCAACGGCCGAGCGAGAGAAAUACCAGACGAAGCUCGACUUUGCGCUUGCGUUGAGCCAGCUGGGGCAGGGGAUGUACGAAAAGGCUGCACACACUUUCUUGAAGCUUGGUCUGCCAGGCAAAUUGGGUGAUUGGUCGGGCAAGCUCGUGGCGUCGGGCGAUAUUGCUGUUUACGGGACCCUUUGCGCCCUUGCAAGCAUGUCCCGCAGCGCUAUCAAGUCGCGCGUACUCGAGAACGAAACGUUUUCGGUGUAUAUUGAGCAGGAGCCGUACGUGAGGGAUAUCGUGGAUGCAUACAUGAGCAACCGCUUCAAGGCCGUGCUCGACUUGCUUGAGAAAUAUUCAACUCGUCACUAUCUAGACCUAUACCUCUCUUCACAUGUACACGACUUAACGAACCUCAUCCGCAACCGCGCGAUCGUGUUGUACUUCCAGCCCUUCUCAUCGAUCAAGCUGGAGCGGAUGAGCUCCGUUUUCGGGUGGACGGUGGAAGAGGUGGAGAGGCAGGUCGUGGCGCUCAUACAGAGUGGGGAUAUCCAAGCUCGGGUGGACUCUCAGCACAAGAUCUUGAAGGCGAAGCAGGUGGAUCCGAGAGCGCAGCUAUACGCCAAGGCGCUCAAGGCGGGUAGCGAGAUGCAGAGUGCCAACCGAAAGUUGCUCCUACGCAUGCGACUUCAGCAAGCGGACCUGAUCGUGAAACAGCCCAAGAAUCAAAAGCAGGAUUCCGCGGCCAUGGCUUCUGCGUCGCAGAUGUCGGAUUAUAUUCAGAUCGGCGACUGAGCGGUACCAAUUGGAAGGGUGUAAUUGUAUCAUUGAGUUCUUCAAUCAUUGAUAUACCGGAUAGGCCUUUCAUUGAAUUCUAUAUAAUGAACG